AUGUCGAAUUACCUUAAAGGUGAGACUCAACAGGGAUUGAUUCGUUUGGCCUCCAAAAUUGUCCAGCCUUUGCUUCCAAACUUCUACAAAGGACAAGCAGGCAAAAUAUGUGUAAUUGGGGGAUGUCGUGAUUACACUGGAGCACCAUUCUUUGCUGGACACUCUGCAGCAUCAACUGGUGCUGAUUUAACUCACAUAGUUUGUGAGGAAAAGGCAGCUACAGUAAUCAAGCUGUAUCUGCCUGAUCUCAUGGUUCAUCCUUACUUGAUGGAUUCAAAGGGGUAUUCUGAAUAUUCCCUAAAUACUCAACUCCUGUUGAUUGAAAAUAUCAAAUUGUGGCAUGAUAAUUCAAUUGUAACUGAGAUUCUAUCACAUAUGGAAACAUUAAUUCAACGUAGUGAUUUGUUUGUCGUAGGUCCUGGAUUUGGAAGAGAUCCACUAAUGUUGAGUCAGUUGUAUCGAUUGGUAACAGAAAUCAAAAAGCUUGAUAAACCAAUUAUAUUCGAUGCAGACGCUCUAUAUUUAGUCCAAUUGGAUCCUUCACUUGUUACAAACUAUAGCAAAGCCAUUCUCACUCCCAAUAUUAUUGAGUUUGUCCGAAUAGCCAAAGCGUUGGAUAUAUCUACCACAACAGAAGACGUUAGUCUGGAAAAAGUCAUUGCUUUGACAAGUAUGGUAUCGAAGAAACUUGGUAACAUCACUAUUGUUCGUAAAGGAGCUAAAGAUGUUAUACUUCAAGGCGAUAAAUAUUUGACUGUUGAUCUUGCCAGUUCUCCAAGAAGAGUUGGAGGACAAGGUGAUACAUUAAGUGGUGCUUUGGGAACGUUUAUUAAUUGGUCCUAUAAUUAUCUUAAAGGAGUGUGGCCGCAUCCUCCUGACAUUGAUAAUCAAUCUGAUGCCACUCUAUUAGCCUGCUUUGCUGCUUGUACACUUGUGAGAACUGCUAGUGGGAAGGCAUUUGCCAAAUAUGGACGGGCUAUGCAAACAUCCAACGUACACGAAUUUUUGGGAGACUCCUACAAUGAAUUAUUUGGUGACGGAAGUAGUCAUUUAUGA